CAGAUGAGGCCAUUGGCAGUUGGGCAGCAGACUGGGAUAUACGAAGAGAGAGGCAGUAUAAGUUUUAAGCAUCUUACCACCAAGACAUGUCCUUAAAUGAACAAGAGUCAGAUACCCUCCAAAGUUUCCAACUUGGCAGAGGCUUUAUCCUCAACACUGAUGUGGCUCAGGAGAAUAUGGAAGUGGAUUUAGGCCUGGUACCACCUUCCAACACUAUAGAAUCCAGUCACCUUCGAAGAUCCGCCAGCAUCCCUUUUGUCAACGGAUUUGGUGAUAAUUCACAGGGAUUCCAAGGUGGCCCUACAAGAAUGAGAAGGAACAGGUCACCAUUUCUGAAUCAGCAUGGUUUGCUGUUUCUACCUCCCCGAGGUCGUACAUCUGCCAAUCGGAUUUUCCAAAUCAAACAGGAAGAAGGGAUGAAUAUAGCAAUCAGAGAAGCAAUGCAUGAACGGGACAUGCAUACUGCAAUGCAGAUAAGUCAGAGUUGGGAAGAAUGUCUAAAUCUGAAUGAUGACAGCAACACCAUGAAGUCAUCCACUACAAGAAACAACAAUCCAGUUUCCUCAGUGGCUUCUCUCACCAGAAAACUUGGCAAGAAAUCACACGACCGUCAGACCUUUUAGAUCAAGUAUCCUGGAAACAUCAAAAAGUAAUGGUACCUUUACAUUCUGGCAGAUAUAAUUUUAAAAUAUGCUGUAAAAUUAGCUAAUAUUAAAUAUUAUUCAUUUUUUGUUUUU